UGACCUCUCAGUGCAGCUGCCUGUGUCAGCUGCACACAGACAAACACCGUCAGCGAAGCGUUUCCAAUCUGACGCGUCCGAAGGUGCUUUAAACGCAGAAACCCACCCUAAAUGGGUUUAUCACCACACCGGCCGUUGCUUUCGUCGUUUUUGUUUACUUCGACCGAGUGCUGUGGAUGGACGGUCUUAUUUACGUCCUACCGAGAAACCUUACAACGCCCUGUCUGUCACUGCAGCCAUAGCUCGGCCAUCGUCGCUGGAGAGUACUGUAAUUUGGCCUCACAAUGGCAGUCUUUAGUUAUCAGGUGCUCCUCGCAGUUACGAGAUCAAGGGGAUCAUAUUUGUUAUCCAAGAGGCACAGCUGCUCCUCUCUGUCUUCCAGAGCGUAUGUCCACGUAGUGCCUCCUUGCCACGUCUCGCCUUCAUUCCCACUCAGGUCCUCUCGUUAUGGUCACCAUCACUGUUUCCGUGGUCACCCCCUUGGCCGUAGCCACAGCUGUGCCGCCCUCGCCCGCUCCCUACACAGCUCAAGUGUUUGGCUCCAGGACAUAAAGCAGGAGGACACUAAGACCUCACCACCACCACCUCCUCCUGCUGCUGCUGCUCACGAUGCUUCUUCAGGAGAUAAAAAGGACUCUGUGGCCGCUGCACCUCAAUCCCAGCUUCCAUCAGCUCCCCCUCCAGCGCCAACCACCACUGCAGCCACCGUCACUCCAGUUAAGGAGAAAGCGCUUGUGAAGAAGUCUCUGUAUCAGAGGGUAGUGGAUGAGUUGAAGCAUUACUACAACGGCUUCCGGUUACUCGGCAUUGAUACCAAGAUUGCCGGCCGGAUGGUGUGGAGGCUGCUGCAUGGACAAGUGCUCACACGUAGGGAAAGGAGAAGGCUGAUGAGGACCUGUGCUGACCUCUUCCGGCUGGUGCCCUUCAUGGUGUUUAUCAUUGUCCCCUUCAUGGAGUUCCUUCUCCCAGUCUUCCUCAAACUGUUUCCAGAGAUGUUGCCCUCCACCUUUGAGACGGAGUCCAAAAAGGAGGAGAAGCAGAAGAAAGGUCUGGCUGCGAAGCUGGAGCUGGCAAAGUUUCUGCAGGAAACAAUCGCUGAGAUGGCUCGAAGGAAUAAGGCAAAGUCAGACGAUGAGGCGCAGCGCUUCUCCAGAUAUGUUCAGGAGGUUCGGGGUACAGGUGAGCAACCCCAAACGAAGGACAUCGUCCAGUUUUCAAAGCUGUUUGAAGACGAGCUAACGCUGGAGCACCUGGAGCGCCCCCAGCUGGUGGCUCUGUGCAAACUGUUGGAGCUGCAGCCCAUCGGCACAAACAACUUGCUGCGUUUUCAGCUGAUGAUGAAACUGAGAGCCAUCAAGUCAGACGAUGAGAUGAUUGCAGCGGAGGGCUUGGCGGCCAUGAGUGUGUCAGAGUUGCAGGCAGCAUGUCGCAUUCGUGGGAUGAGGUCUCUGGGUCUCAGCGCUGAUCAGCUCAAUCAACAGCUGCAGCAGUGGCUCGACCUGCACCUGAAGGAGAACGUUCCUCCGUCGCUGCUGCUGCUCUCCAGAGCCAUGUACCUGACAGACCUCAAACCCAAACCCCACGUCAUCCCGCCUGUUCCAAAGCUCGAGAAGGCUGCCGCACCUCCGGUGGAGAACCCGGGAGCAAACACAGUCCCAGUCAGCAGCGACAGGUUGGCAGACCCUGCACGCAUCAUCAAAGACAGACCGGCAGAGGAAGUGAGAGACAAAGCUCCAGCUGUGUCAGACAAACCCCUGACUCCUGCUGAAGUCCUUCAGGCUAAAGCAGCAAUAGAAGGGACGCAGAAAAGCAAGAUAAGUGCCAACGGUGUCUAAAGAGGAGCAGGAGAACCUGUACUGAGGAAGGAGGGACGGAUGGAGAUAAAACCCCUUUUUUUUUUUUUUUUUUUUUUUCUCUUUGAACCAGCAUCUCACCUGCCCACUCCUCAUUCUGCGUCCUCAUCCCUCACCUCUGUGCACUCCGAUCUCUGAUACUCUCCAAGCGUCGUACUGGACCGGCAGACUGCAGAUGGCUGCUGAUUCUAUGACCUAAAGUCAGUUCCUGGUAAACUGUUCGUUAUGAUGAUGAUGAUGAUGCUGAUGGCUUCUCCUUUUGUAGAUUUGUAAAUAUGCACAUUUUUUGUUUCUGUGUUAUGUAACUGAAGCAGCAGCAGCUUUGUACAGUUUGGUAUGCACAUACCAGGUUUUACUCAGUUUUAUUUGCAGGUGGUUUUUAACUCGUGUGCAGGCAGUGAGAGAAGUCAACCCCUCAAGUUCAGUAGCUGCCCCACCUUCAUUAAGCUAAAAUACAGAUGCCGGAAGAUGGCACUGACAUAAAAUAUAAAAGGUUUGAUUAAAAAGUCAGAGAUUGAGUUGAUCUGCUGGUGAAACGACAGAUUUGGACCGGACCUGCCUCUCAGCAGGAUGACAUAGUUUACGUAGCUUAUUGCUGCUGUUACUGAAUGAAGACUGGUUCAUUGAGUGCGGGCUCACUGGUAAAGCCGCGGAAAGAACAACCUGUAAAAAUGCAGAUUUUAUUUGCAUAUAUACAGUGUAUAUUUUAACACUAUGAUGCUGAAGAUUCUUUAAACUUGUCUUUAUAUAAACUGCUUACACGGAGGAGUAGCUUAAAGCCUGAAGGUGCACAUGAGAUGGUUAUUUUGGUACUGUGGCAUCAUGGCCAUGCCUAACAUCAUUAUGGCCUAUAUUUACUAAAAAGUUAGAAUUGGACGGUUUAUACAAUUUUGUGUGUGUAACAGUGCUUCAAACUCCCUGUAAAAAUUUACACCCCCACCCCCAUUGUUACUGGUUUUACAUAUGUGCCUGAGGUUAAAGGGUGAUUGUUUUGUCAUCAGAGAAUAUCUAUUAAACAAGGCUGUUUAUUUUGAUUUUCAGUCACCUGAGUGAUUGAAGCACCCAGUUGCACCUUUUUUCUCUUUAGCAGAAUGUCCCCUUUUCCCUCUUUGCUGUUUGAUCCAAAUGAAUCCUCGAUUUAUAAUCACCAGUGUUGAUACUGAUUGGGGGGGGGUGGCCACCUUUUCAAUCAGCUCUACGCCUGCGCUGUGAAGGAGAUCAAUAAAAAGACUCAACAAAA